AUGUUUUUGGCCACAGGUCGAACAUGUCUUCGUCAGACUCUUCCUAGAAUACGAACCUCGAUCCAAUGUCGAAAUAUUCAAUCAGCGACAAGACAAUCAUAUAGGAAUGGUGGUGGAGGUGGAGGUGGAGGUGGAGGAGAAGGGGGUUGGAGAAGACGAGGAAAUUGGCAAUUCAAAUCGCCUCCGCAGACCAAAGGGCUGAUACUCGCCGCUGCAGCAGGCUUAAGCCCUACAGUAUUUGUUCGACUAUCAGAAAAGGAUAAUGGUGGAACUGAGAUGACUGCAGAAGGUCGAAUGCUAGAGGCAUCGAGGGAGGAAAUUAGCAAGAAAGUGGGCGAUGAUGUUCAAGGGCUUCAACGAGUAAAAGAUAGUAUAGUCUAUUUUCUAGACGCCUAUCUAUGGGAACCCCUUUGCACAAGCAUACGCUUCCUGCACCUUGUGGCUAUAUUCGUUCCAGUUCUUGUUACUAUACCCGCUGCAUACUUUGGGCCUAGGGAUAUAGCGCGAGACAAUGAGCGGAUGGGUACACUGUGGUGGUACAGGUUCUUAGUUAAGGCUAUGGAACGAGCUGGGCCUGCAUUUAUUAAGCUUGGGCAAUGGGCUGCCUCUAGAUCAGAUAUCUUCCCUUCGCAAAUGUGCGAGAUUAUGUCACAACUCCAUUCCAAUGCACCCGCGCACUCGUUACAUGCCACCAAAAGGAUUAUAAGUAGAGCUUUUGAUGGGCGACCCUUUGACGAUAUAUUUGAGGAGUUUCAGGAGCAGCCUUUGGGGGUGGGAGCUAUAGCACAAGUUUACAAGGCCAAGCUGAAACCCGAUUUGGCAAUACCAGGAGAUCCAGAUCUACAAGAGCCCACAAACAUACGAAGAAAUGUGCGUAAAAAUGUCGAUACGCUUAUUAAGAGCACACCACAAAGAGUCCCAUCAAGUUAUGUUGCAAUUAAAGUUCUUCAUCCAGGGGUAGAAAGAGUUGUUAGACGAGAUCUACGGAUUAUGUGGGUAUUUGCUUCAGUAAUAAAUUUGAUUCCCACAUUUGAAUGGCUGUCAUUUCCAGAUGAAGUCGAACAAUUUGGACAAAUGAUGAGAUUGCAACUUGAUCUUCGAAUUGAAGCUGCAAAUUUGUCAAUUUUCAGGAAGAAUUUCAAGCCAAGGACAACAGCAUGGUUUCCAUUUCCAUAUACUCAAUUCACCACAAGACAAGUACUGGUGGAGGAAUUUGCACAGGGUAUACCGUUAUCUGACUUCAUGGAAAAUGGUGGCGGUGUAUUCCAACAAGAUAUUGCGGAUGAAGGACUUGAUGCAUUCUUACGCAUGUUGCUGAUUGACAAUUUCAUUCAUGCAGACCUUCAUCCAGGUAAUAUUAUGGUCCGCUUUUACCAAUCUGAGAAGCCCAACCUACCUUUCAGUAAACAUAAAGACGAAGAUCCUCAGUCCCAACCAGAUGUCACUGAACAAGUAUUGGCAAGACUUCAACCAUAUCGCCAUAGAAAGGAUCCUCAGGCAUGGCAAGCAGAACUUUCAAAAAUUGAUAAAGAAGGGUUCAGGCCCCAAUUGAUCUUCAUUGACACAGGACUGGUCACAGAACUAAAUGCAACCAAUCGAAGAAACUUUCUUGAUCUCUUCAAAGCUGUGGCUGAGUUUGAUGGCUAUAAAGCAGGUCAUUUGAUGUGUCAAAGAUGUCGCCAGCCUGAUGCAGUUAUUGAUGAAGAGAUUUAUUCUUUGAAAAUGCAACAUCUUGUCCUAGGAGUCAAGAGUCGCACGUUAGCACUGGGCAACAUGAAGAUAGGGGAUAUACUAAACGAGGUUCUCUCUAUGGUCCGAACUCAUCAUGUCAGGAUGGAGGGGGAUUUUGUCAAUGUGGUCAUCAGCAUUUUGUUGCUCGAGGGUAUUGGCAGAAGUCUCAACCCUGAUAUUGACUUGCUCUCCUCUGCACUACCUAUUCUGCGAGAAUUGGGAGCACAGAGUGGAGGUGGAAUGCUACGCCAAGGUGAUUUCUCCAUGCUGAAGGUAUGGGCAGGUUUGGAAGCUAGAAAGUUCUUGCAGGCUUCCAUUGAAGAUGUUGAAAGAUGUGUCAAGUAUGAUUUGUUGUCACCAAAUGUGUAGAAGGUAUAGUUGUUUGGAUUGAGUACUGUUGUUUAACCUUGAUAUAGACUCGCUUCUGCAGUCUGGUGUGCUUUGUAUUAUAUUGUACAUAAGGAGUAAACCGGCAGAUAUUAGACAUUCCACUUGUAUUCUUUGAAUAAGACUUGUGCUUUACAGUCUUGCCAUUCAAGUUGAGUUGGACCAGCCUUGUCAGAUAGCCUCACUGUUCCAGAUUGAGAGGCAGAUGAGUAUAAACUUCUUCAAAAGGUAAAUAAUGGGCGGAAUGACGACAAUGAACAAUAUAGAUCUUUCUUCUUAAAGUCUUUGAGAGAUAGUUAUUACAUUGAGGGAAAUAAUUGAUAAUAUGAAGCUUGGGAUCAAGAUUUCAACAGAAGGAUUAGUGGUAGCAACCGGCAAUAUCCGAAGUUGUUGAUCCGAAGUUGAUUUAACAACAGGUCCUCCUGAUUGACUAGUUUCAGUCGGCAUCAAAAAUAACAACAAAAAUAACAACAGUGAGGUU